AUGAUUUCACUCCAUUCCUCUGCCAUCAAAGCUUCUCUCCACCGCUCUGUUCCUUGUAACUUCCUUCCUCUCCGAUCACUCUCUGUUUCCUUCUCUUCUCGAUCUCUUCUUCCCUCCAAGGUAAAACGGAAUCUCUCCGUCGUCUCUGCCUCUAUAGGAGGCUCCUCCAUGUCAUCAAACAAUGGUUCUCGCCGAUUGUCUUCUCAGGUUGCUGAAUCAUUCUUCAGGAGUGUUUUAGGGCAAAUGGAAACUGUUUACCUAAAUCGAAACCCUACUCCUAAAUCUGUCUUGGAACUUGUCCGAUCCCUUGAUGGUAACGAACAACUUUGCUAUGAUCAUCUCGCUUUCAGGACCUUCGGUAUUGGUGGUUAUGGGAUUGACUCACUUGCAAGCUUUUUCCUUGACUAUGGAUAUACUCAAAUGGAUGAGCUGAAAUUUCCAGCUAAAAAACUAAGAGCUUUAUGGUUUGCACCUCCUGAUGAUUCUGCGCUUCCUUGUGGAAGCGGCGUUAACGGUCCUUUACCAAGAGUUUUUAUCUCAGAGCUGCUUGUUGAGCAGAUGACUUCACAGGCUCAGGAUGUGAUUAGAAAAUACACUGAAGCAUCGCCCGGUGGGAAAAAGUAUGCUGCUCUUUCUAGUGCUUUGGGUAUUUUACCUUGGGAAAAGCCUCUAUCUUCUGAGUUUGAGCAAUUGGCUAGGGAAAGUGAAUACGCAGCAUGGACUCUUGUCAAUGGCUAUGCUCUUAACCAUGUUACGAUUUCUGUCCAUCGGCUUAAAUCCCAUUUAAACAAAAUCAAGAAGCUCAAUCAGUUCCUUGAAGAAAAAGGUUUCAAAUUGAAUUCUGAAGGAGGAGUCCUUAAAGUUAGCCCUGAUGGUGGUUUGCUGCAAAGCUCAACCGUAGCUGAUUCGAUUUCGUUCAAGUUCUCUGAUGGUGUCGUCAAAUCUAUCCCUUGUUCAUACAUUGAGUUUGCUGAACGCCUUGUGCUGCCCCAGUUCCAAAAUGUACCCGAAAGCGAUAUAAAAGAGUCUCAUCGACGCGAUGGAUUUGAGGUUGGAAAUGCUGACAAGAUCUUCGAGAGCACAUAUCAGGAGCAGCUUUCUCGACGAACCGGGUGA